AUGGAGUACGCUGCUCCUUAUGCGAUCACCCCGACAGAUCGAACUAGAUUGAUUGUUAUAGUUGAGACACUUUUCAUGUCAUGGAUAGUAAUAGUCAGUCUGAUUCGUCUGUACAUGCGUAUUACCAUCAAUGGGCCUGUGCAGAUGGAUGAAUUGACGAUAUUUGUCGGAAUUGAAAACGGUUUUGGUCAAAAACAGGAUCAAACCUCGCCAUCGAGUUUAAAGCGAGCUGGAGAGGACCUCUAUGCAGGGAAUCUUCUGUUCUUGAUCGGCCAUGGUACCGCAAAAAUCUCUGUAUGCCUAAUUCUUAAACGACUGGGACAACAAAGGAAUUACUUGCUGUAUUCGAAGAUCAUACUGGGAAUGUUGCUCUCAGCUGCUAUUCUCAAUACCAGUUGGAUUUCGUGGCCCUCGAAAAGCAUUGCAGUAAUAUCGACACUGCGUGGAAGGCCAUCACCCGCAUUCGAUGUCUUCACAGAUGUACUCUCCUUUGGGUUGUGUAUCUUCCUGGUCUGGGGUAUCCAGAUGCGUUUGAAGGAGAAGUUUACAGUGAUAUUUGCCUUUGGAACUAGACUUCCAUUGAUAAUCCUGAUCAUCCUCCGACAAACCUACCUUAACAACGCAUUUCACCACCCCGAUCCCUCACUCACUCUAUCCAACGCCGUGAUCGCAACCGCCGUCCUCUUGCAUACCAGAAUCAUGAUUGCCACCGUGCCAUGUCUCAGGCCAUUUGUGAUCUCAUUCAAUACAGGCUGGGGACAAGGCGUGAAUGGUAGCAGUGGAAACUCAUACUUCACACCCACCGGGCAGAGUUCCAAUCAGUCUCGAGCCUAUGCUAGUCGCGCCGAGGAGGACGAGGUCGAUUUGACGAUUCGACCAUCAGAAGAGAGUCACCACUCUCAGCAGUUGAUUAUACGUCACACACAAGAGUGGAAGUUAGAAGAGGAGUAUGAGAUGAAUAGUGUAAAAGAUCAAGUUCAGAUAUAA